ACUAAAACCACAUGGAAGGAGUUUAUUAAACAAGGCCGCACAAGAAUGAAACCAACCUUUGUGAUUCUGUUUAAGUGCUUUAUGUCCUUAUCUUUGCAAAACACAUCAAAUCAACACCGUCUAAUAAAUACGAGCGAUCCGGUGCUGUUAAGACGUUUUUUAAUUAGCUUUCGUUAUAACCUGAAUGGCCUAAUUAUUAUGUAACAGCACCGUGUGGCUGCUCCACAGCUGCGACAAGGAGGCUGCUGGUGGGGGGAGGAGAGCAAACAUGGCGGCCGGGUAUGCGUGGUUCCUUGUGCUGGGCUCGGUGUUCCUGUGCAACCUCAUGAGAACUCUCCUGCCCUCCAUAUCCUCUUUCCUCACAAAGAUGGUGCAGAAAGAUGCUGAGCUGGAGAGUGAAAUGAGGGCUGAGAUCCAGGAGAUGAAGAAGGAGCAGUCCUCCAUCAGCAUGAUGGAUGAGUUUGCCAGAUAUGCCAGACUGGAGCGCAAAAUCAACAAGAUGACAGACAAGCUGAAAACACAUGUGAAAUCAAGAACUGCACAACAGGCCAAGAUGAAAUGGGUUGUGAACAUCGUCUUUUAUAUACUACAGGCUGCUCUGAUGAUCUCCCUGAUAUGGAAGUAUUACUCUGAUCCAGUGACGGUGGUCCCCAGUCGAUGGAUUGCACCUGUGGAGCGACUUGUUGCCUUCCCAACAGGAGUGGCAGGUGGAGUGGGAAUCACAUGCUGGUUGGUGGUUUGCAACAAAGUAGUGACACUCGGCCUCUAUGCUGUCAGCUAGAGAUCGAACAUUAAACACCUUAUUUCCUUAACAUAUCGAUCGAGACUUGCUAAAAGCUCAUGUUUUGUUCCGUUAAUUUUUUUGUCUGCUGCUCCAGGUGAACUUGUGAAAAUUUGGUGUUGGCCUUCUCAUUUUGCAACAUACUGGUUUGGUGUUGUUGAAUUGUGUUAUGGUGAUUUAUUUUUUUUAACUUAUUGUGAGAAUGUUUUGGUGUAUAUUAUUUCAAUACUGGAAAUACUAAAAUUCCUUUU